GUGUGCUAAAGCCAGUUCUGAAGCAGCAUCUGUGGAGGUAACACGUCGCUCGACAUGCAGUGCGUCACUCUUUUCGUGUUAGUCGGCGUCGCGGCCGUGGUGCUUGCAGAUGGCCAGUUCUACGUCCCACGUGCAUAUUACACGAUAGACUCUGAGGGGCACGCGUCUGCGCCGGUGCCACUGCGGAGGCUGCGCCGCUCCGUGAACCCCUACCCCUAUCCAUACAGCGGCGCGGACGCGACCGCUAACGCUAACGCCAAUGCUUACAGUUGGGGCGGUGGUGAAGCUCGCGCCAAUGCGAACGCCAAUGCGUACGCGGGCGCGGGCUCCGGCGGCUGGAGCUUACCGCAGGGGGGCUACGGCGCAUCUAAUCCUGUCGCACUACAAGCUGGUGGUUUCCGUCGUCAGUUUGGCCCUGUGUCCGGUGGUCGUUCUGUUUCAGCGAGCUCCUCUGUAGGAUUAGACUCGUCGGGACAGGGAUACUACGAUCAAUACACUUCUGUCUCUAAUUAAAACUCUAUACAAAAAACGGUUACGCAUAACACUUAAAGUAAUUCAACAAGUUUUUACCAAGUUCAUUCUUAACGAACUCUAUUUUAUUGUUAACCACUUGUAAACGUCUAAACACUGCAAUGGAAAGUUUUUUUUGCAAAAAUUACGUAACCACGAAACAAGUUUCUCGAAGAGAUGGGUGAUAAUUUAAAUUUAAAAUUAUUGUUCAUUAAACAUGAAUACAAAAUAAUAUUUUAGCAUCGAAUGAAUCAUGCUGUAAUAAAAAUUUAUCACCGAAAACUUGAUAGAAUAUAAAUGUGGUGUUGUGUUUGGAUGACAUUACAGGUGGGAUACUUGAUUAGCUAGAUUAUUAAUAGUAAUCAUGGAUGGAUGAUAACAUGAACUAAUAAAAUAACAAACAUUAUUAAU